AUGUCUGCCUACACCUCCUCUCUGCGCUCUGCUCUGCGCGCUGCCCCUCGCGCGGCCCCCGCUCGCUCCUUCAGCUCCUCGUCGGCGCGCGCUGGCGCUCGUAUGAACAUCACCGGCCGUCUUGGUGCCGACCCGGAACUGGUUACUAGCCAGGCCGGCGUUGAAUACGUGAAGUACCUCGUUGGCGCUAAUUCUUUCGCCCCCAGCGCCAACCGUACCACCAGCUGGUUCCGUGUGAAGGCGUUCGUGAAUGACAACAGCCGCGACUACCUACUCAACACCGUCAAAAAGGGAACCCUGGUCAGUGUCGAUGCCGAGGCUACCAUGAGGAAGUACACAGCCCCCGAUGGCUCCGAUCAGUACUCUCUAAGUCUUGUUCAGCGCCAACUCGAGAUCCUGCGCCGCCCCUACAACCCGUCCGAAGGCGGCGCCUACGAUGCCGAGCAGUCGCAGGAGUAA